UAAAAGAGGAGGGAGUUCAGGUUCUUACUCAAAGUGAAAAUGUUGAUGAAGAUUUUAUUCCUGCUCUCUGUGGCGUCUACUUUGGCACAACCCGUCUGUGUGCCCGAUAAAACUGUUGGCUGCCAAGUUCGACUCAGUAUCGUCACUGCUUUGGGAGAUCAAGCUUACCCAUGGACUCCAAAUGAAAUGAACCUUUUCCGAGCCCUGCUGGCUUUUUCUAUGAACAGACACUUCAACGUAUUUGACUACAGCAUAGACAACAUCCUCGUGUGCAAUGAGACGGUCAGAGUGUCCUUCUGGUUUGUGGUGACGUUACCUGAGAAUAACCAGCAGCUUGUUAGUUUGGCAGAUGUGGAGGAUGCUGUAAGAUUUUCCAGGAAUCGGAUCAACAGUGCAUUUUUGCUGACAGAUGAAACCCUGGAGUUUGUCGGAAUCCCUCCCACCCUGGCACCGCCAGUGACCUAUGACACGCCCCCCUGGCUCAUUGUGUUUGGGGUGGUCAUGGGCUGCGUCACUGCUGGUAUCAUUAUUGUGAUUUUGUACUCAGAAAUCCAGAAAAGACGCACAAAGAAAGGGAAAAUAGAGGAUGAAGAUGAUGAAGAAGGGUCACAUGUGCAAACGGGAGAAAAUGGGAUUGCAUGUGACAAUCUGGAUGGUAUUUACAACAAAUCAUUCUCAGAUGAGGGGACAUACACAUCUAUGUAAAAGCUUCUGUGAGACAGAUGAAAAGAGAGACUUAAGGUGAUCCAUGUGGACAUUUGUUGUGCUGUCAGUUUGAAUCGAUAUACCAAAUCAUUUUAAAGUUGUUAUUCAUCACUUAAGUGAUUUCAUAUGUGACUUGUUUUUCAUCUGGAAAGGUUGUCCUCAUGUUUUAAAUAGAAUUAAGCGCCAGAAAUUUUCAA